UCAGUGCAGCUCUCCCUCGCCCGGCCCAGAGAGCUGAGCACAGAGGGCAAGAGGGACGGAGCCCCCAGAAAUGUCGCUCCUUAGGUGCGCGCUCCGCGUCCCGCCCGCCCUCUGCUUCUGCGUCCUGGUCCUGGCCUGUGUCGUGGCGAGCCAGACCCCAGUGGCUUCUGAAAGCCCGAGCCCCCUGCCGCCAGAGCUUAAGAGUCGCUGGAACCUGGUACAGAGCCGGGUGAAGGAGCUAGUGACCAAGACCAGAGAGAGGUGGCAGUGGUUCUGGAGCCCCAGGAGCUUCCAGGGCUUUCUGCAGACCUACUACGAUGACCACCUGAGGGACCUGGGCCCUCGCACCAAGGCCUGGCUCCUCAGCUCCAAGGACAACCUCGUGAACAAGGCCCACAGCCUGUGCCCCACGCUUCUCUGUGGGGACAACGGCCAGGAUUAAAAUGUUCACACACAGAAUGGUGCUGAGCGCCUUUAGUUCCAGCUACUUGGGAGGCCAAGGCAGGGGGAUCGCUUGAGCCCAGGAGUUCAAGUUCGGCCUGGGCAACAUAGCAAGACCCCAUCUAUAAAAAAAAAGUUCAUAUUCAUACCUCUCCCAGCAUCCACAAUAAAGAAACUCUUAUCUGUG